AUGACCAAGACUGUUGAUGAAGCUAAGGUUCUUAUUGAGAAUCUUGCAGCUAGUGAUUGUAACAACUGUCCUGAUUAUGACCGCUCAAGCCGCACCACUACUAGCUCCCCUGAUUCUUUUCAAAUGACUGAACUCAAGAACAUGAUGGCUCAAGUUCUUAAGGGACAGCUCAAGCAUAUCAAUGCAAUAGAAGGGAUGAGUGAUGCUAAUGAAGAUUCAUCAAGAGAAUGCAUGGGAGAUUUCUCUAAUGAAGCCAAUGAAGAAGAUGUGAACUACAUUGGAAACUAUGGGAACAAGGGAUACAAUCCAAGCUAUCGCCCAAACCCCAACAUGUCUUAUAGAAACCCCAAUGUGGAGAAUCCUCAAGACCAAGUGUAUCCUCCAAGGUAUCCACAACAACAAAGACCUCCUUACCAAUCUCAAGGAAGUCAAUUUCAGCCAAGGCAAGGAUAUGAGCAGAGAUCAUCAUAUCCGCCCAAGGAGCCAUAUGCUUCUUCACCAAAUCAAGCUCCUCCAAACCAACAAGGUGGGAGAUUUGAAGGAAUCCUCCAACAGAUCAUGGAUGGCCAGAAGAGAAACACUAAAGAGAUGUAUGAGAAGAUGGACACUUUGUUCAGCAAUCUCAACACCAAGUAUGAUGCUGUUGCCACUCAUGUGAAGAAACUAGAGACUCAAGUCACUCAAACUAUGGAAGCUGUUAAGAGACAGGAAGCUGAAUCCAAGAAGUCCUUUUGCAACUCAGCCGCCAUAGAAGAAAGAUUUGAAGACCAAGUUCCAGAAUGGAUGCUUUCAAAACCUACUGUUGAUUGCAUGAUUUGGCCUGAAGAGAAUUACCCAGAGAGAGAGUCCAAUCGAGCUAGAAAGAGAAGACUCUUCCCAAAGAUUAUCCCCAAGACAGAUAACUCAGGAAAGUUUGUGUGCCUUGUAUCAUCAAAGAUUGGAAAUUGCUCUAUCCCUACUGAUUUCCAGAUUGUGGAAAUGAGAGAGAGUAGCCAUAGACCUCUCAUAUUUGGAACCCCUUUCCUGUCUACUGUGGGUGCCAUAUUUGAUUUCCCCAAUCAAAGAAUCUCUUUCAACAAGGUGAACAAGGGUAUGUUCUUCCCUAUGUGUUCAACAAAGAACUCUUUUGUUGACAUGGUCCAAGAGGAGAAAGCUACUUUGAAGCCACCCCAAGAAGGAGAAACUGAAGAAACAAUCAAGGAAGAUCCCAUUCCUAAGCCCAAGCAGCUUGCCAAACAAGCAAGGAGUAAGACUAAGGCCCCUACACCAAAACCGCCCAAGGGAUCAACCAAGAUUGAAGAUGAGGCCAAGCCAAGAAGGAAGGUUAGAAAACCUAGGUCUGGCCGCAACAUGAAGCUUCUAUUCCCAAAGGAGCUUAUUGAUGAGAAUCUAGAAGGAUUCAAGGAGAAAGUGACAAGAACUCUAAAGCUUUUUCCUAAGGCAGUAGUGCCAAGGGACAUUCAUGGAGAGAUUGUCUAUCCAGCUGUGAAUCACCCACCAGAUACUCAUUGCAAGGAGAAAAGACUUGGAGGAUCAAGAUGCCUCUUGUCUCCAUCUUCUCCUGAGCGCCAAGCCUUACAGUCAAGCUAA